UACUCUGAAGAAGGGGGAGUGCACGCACAUGCCCAGUCAAUGUUUUGUGCAACAGUUGGCCGUCCAAUCUCCAUCACCCGUCUCUCUCUCGCACAGCCUCCUCCCACUCUUGUCUUUACCCACAGCCUUUCCAGUCUCUCCAUGCGUAGAUCUACGUCGCUCUAUGCAGCAGCAGCAGCAGCAGCCCAGUGUGUAUAAUGUAUGAUUCACAGUCGUCCGUUAGAUUGAAUAUCGAUCAGUAAGCAUCUGUCACAUUCCGAAAUGGAUCGUGUCAACAUCAGCCGGAGGAAAUGCCACUAUCGUUGUGAAUUUCGUAGAGAGGAAUCGUCUAGCGACAAUUAAAUUACCAAUACAAAGAAAAGAAAUAACCUGCGCCGGAAAAAAAUGGUUGGCUGUCGAAGAGUAGAGUAAAGUAUUUUGCGUCGAAUUGUAUCGAUCGCUGAGCUGCUCGUUCCCUCCCCCCAUACAUAGAUGAAAGGGAGGGGUGUGUGGAGGAGGUAAGAGGAGAGCUAGCAAGAGAGAGAGAGAGGGUGGCAGCUAGGCAAAGGAGGUAGUAGUAGUAGUGGUGGUAGUAUAUACAACAUCCGAUUGGAAUUGUGCACCUCUCAGUUGACGGUUCGCUUCCAAACCAUCCAGUCAUCUUGAUCACAUUCUAGUCGUUUGAUGUCAUUUUCUUUUUUUGGUUUUUCUUUUUCUUUUGUGUUAUUUCAACAUUUUUCAUUUUAGUCGAGUUGACGGUCCCGACAUUCACGAAAUAGUUGCGGCAGACACACACCGCUAAUGCGUCUCACUUGAACGGGGAGUCGCCGAGGAUGCCGGAAGUGCCGAAUGCUGCUGACUUCCGGAAUUCUAGUCUCGCAACUAGCACGAAAUUGCAGUCGUGCAGCGAUUUGGAGAAAGCCCAGCACGGAUUGUACCAGGCGGCCCACCUGUUUUACGCAGCCUCUCUCCUGAUUCCGCAUCACACCUUUGUCUGGAGCAUCUUCAUCAGCCGGAUUCUGAUGGGUUUGGCGUACGCCCUAGUGACGGUGUGGGCCUGUCUGGAACUCUGCGCCCCCGACGUCUUCGCCUGGAACGUUCUACUGACAGCUGGCACUCUAGUUCACAUUGUCUACUGGAGUUGGCGCUUCCGGCCGGGCCGAAUCCGCCAGAAACCACUUCUAGAACUUUACCAAAAGCUCUUCGUGCCGCUGGAUUGUUCUCGAGAGCUCUUUGUUCAGUUGACCAACAAGUCUGUAAUAACGUCCCUACAAGUCGGCGACGACUUUUUCCUCGCUACUCAGCAACUCUGUUCCAUCCCGGCGUCGUCGAAUCCAUCGGCCUCGAUGAGAUUAUCCGUCCUCCUGACUGGCAAGAUGAGAGUGACUUUCGGUCUGGGCCAGCGGUUAUUGCAUCACAUUGAGCCGUUCCAGUUCGUCGAUUCGCCCGAGUGGUACAUGAUGCAGAACGUCUCCCCACAAGAUGUCAAAGCCUCCAAGAUUCAAGUUUCCAUCACAGCUGACGAGCCCUGCACGCUACUCCAAUUGGAUGCGGAAAACCUGAACCACUUGACUGUCAACAACCCGCCGCUGAGAUUCCUACUCGAUUGCUUGAUUGGGAAAGACGUUUCUCAAAAGUUGUACGCCGUGACGGAACAAGCUGCUCUAAUGGUGACAUCCAGAGAUCCGUCAAGCAAACAGGAUCGUUUGCCUUCGCUACAGGUGGGUGGCGGUGGCAGCUCGGUGGGUGUCAACAGUACGACGACCUACUCAUCGCUGGGCCCUUGGCAGGGCGAACUGCUCAGAAGUCAGAGCGCCGACGCCGUGCACACUUGCAAACAGGGUCAAGUGCGUUCCAUCAACUGGAGGCGGGAUCAGACGCGUAGAAUAUGGGCCAGGAGAUAUCAGAAACUCGUUCCGACCCGACACCAUCGACCGCUGAAGAAACCGGCACCUUGUAGGCAGGAAAUGAGUAGACGAGGUGAUCAUUUAGGAAAGGAAGAUCCUGGUGAUUGCGGUGGGGGGAAAGUAAGUAGUUCUCCUAAGUACCCCACGCUAGAGGUGGGUAAUCGUCACGAGCAAAUUAUACGGAUCGAACCUCAUCAUCAGGAACGACUGCACUGGAACAGAGUCCAAUUCGACGAGACAUUUGUGUGAUUUAAUUUUAUUGUAAAAUGAUCCUCUCCCUGACUGUUUGCUUAGAAAAUUGUAUUUUUUGAAAUGGAAUUGCUGGGUUUUUUUAUUGUGCACAAAAAAGGGAAAUAUUGUCUAAUAAUUUGGCGGGUUUGUGUCUAUAGCUCCGUUGCUUUGCUCGUUGAAUAACACUAACGUCAAUAUGUUGUCUGUGAUUGGUAUUUUUUUUAAUAGAACACAUUGUGCUGUCGGUGAUAUAUUUGAUGUGAAUAUAAACAACCAUUGUCAUUUCUUAAG